CCGUCGCGACGCCAACUUUGUCGGAAUUAAAAUUCGCCCCUCUCUAUACAGCCUUAACACGCUACAUCGCACUCCAUCAUUCAAUUCCAUCAGGCACUCUUCUACAACUCCAUUGUGUCGCUCUUGACACGCAUCAAUGAUCCUAAGGAUACGAAUAUAGCCGCUCCCAUCACCCCACCAUGACUAGCAAGAACAUAAAGUCAUUACCGCACGAGAAGCGUAAGGGCGAAGCUGCCCUUAGCGACUUUGCCGAGUAUGUCGAGAAGCAGCAAGCAUUGCGAUACCCGAGUGCGAAGCCGGCCGACGUCUCCAAGGCCACUGAAGCCCCCGAACACCAGCAUGCUGAGCUCGACGAGCUCUUCGACAACCUUGAUCUAGCCGAGCCUACUCCUAGCGUUCGAUUGAAGGACCUCCUGCUAGGCACCAAUGACGACACGCUUCAGAAGUUGGAGGGAGUGCUCCAGGAAAGGAUAUUAGAGGGCCACGGAGAGACCGUGUUCGAGCUUGGUUUCGAGAACAAUGGCGAGUCCAUGGGACUUUCAAUAGAGCAAUGGACUGCGGCAUACACCCGAUUGAAGGAGGCGGCCAAGAGGAUACGAGCUGACUGCCGAACGCUCAUCACCAAGAACGUCGGUGGCGAUGUUGAGGCCCCGAGCGCCCAGUCUGGCAAAGACAGCCAUUGCAGUGGCAAGAUCAUGAUUCGCCAGACACCAGCAACAGUAGAGGAUGUCAUUGAGACCCGAAUAGCUGUGGUUGGCAACGUCGACGCUGGAAAGAGUUCUCUUCUGGGUGUCCUGGUGAAGGGCGACCUCGACGACGGCAGAGGACGUGCGCGAGUUAACCUCUUCCGCCACAAGCACGAGAUCGAGACAGGCAGAACCAGCUCUGUCGGCAUGGAGAUCCUGGGUUUCGAUACUCUAGGAGAUGUUGUCGUUUCCGACACCCCUGGGAGAAAACUGUCGUGGGAAGAGAUUGGAAAACGCAGCGCCAAAGUCAUUACCUUCACUGACUUGGCAGGCCACGAAAAAUACCUGCGAACGACCGUUUUUGGUCUACUGUCGAGCAGCCCUAACUACUGCUUGUUGAUGGUCGCGGCCAACAAUGGUCUGGUCGGCAUGAGCAAAGAGCACCUGGGUAUUGCCCUGGCUCUCAACGUACCGGUGAUGGUCGUCAUUACCAAGAUUGAUAUCUGCCCGCCCCAGAUUCUUGAGCAGACCAUCAGCCAGAUCACCAAGAUCUUGAAGAGUCCAGGAGCGCGGAAGAUACCCAUCUUCAUCAAGGACCGCGAGGAGUGCAUAAACACGGCCACUCAGUUCAUCAGCCAGAGGAUAUGCCCCGUCUUCCAGGUUUCCAACGUCACGGGUGAGAACCUCGACUUGGUCCGGACAUUCCUGAACAUCUUGCCGCACCACGGACGCUAUGAUUCCGAGGCGCCAUUUGAGUUCCACAUCAACGACACGUUCUCGGUCCCCUUCGUCGGUACAGUUGUCUCCGGCAUUAUCAAGGCCGGUGUCAUCCACGCUGGUGACAACGUGCUCAUAGGUCCAGACUCUUUGGGCCAGUUCACAUCUACCAGCAUUCGAUCCAUCGAACGCAAGCGACUGGGGGUACCGGCUGCUUCUGCGGGUCAGUCGGCGUCCUUCGCCUUGAAGAAAGUCCGGCGUAAGGACGUUAGAAAAGGCAUGGUUGUUCUGCCCAAGCUUGAAGGACAGCCGGCGCCCAAGGUGCACAGGGAGUUCAUAGCAGAAGUUUUGAUUCUCUCUCACGCGACUACCAUCAAGACGAAAUACCAGGCCAUGCUGCACGUUGGCCCCGUCUCGCAGACGUGCGCGAUCAUCGACGUCGACCGCCCGUACAUCCGGACUGGCGACAGAGCAACGGUUGCGUUCCGCUUCGUUCAGCGACCCGAGUAUCUCGCUCCCGGUGACCGGUUAUUGUUCCGAGAGGGCAGGACCAAAGGCCUGGGUAUUGUCAAGUCAGUUGGCUACGACCCCAGCAAGCCGUUAUACCCGCAUGGCGACUCUGCGACGGGUGAAGAUGGCGCAGCGAACGCCAAGAACGAUGAGAACGGCGAGAAGCCCGCCAACAGUCAGGAGGUCAAGGUCGGGGCGUGAGGAGAUUGCACUUGGUACCUGUAUAAUUGGGCGUUCAGCGGGUUGAUUUGAAUAUUGUAGCUAGCUAGCAUUGGGGUUCGAGCGAUACCAGGAUGUACAUUUCUGAGGAGGCACGCUUCUACCUGUCUCGUACAU